AUGGCCUGUGAGUCUUUCCCAGCGCCAGUUUCGUUCCCAUACCUCUACGACCCAACCCAUCAAAUUACAGUCAACACCAAUUUCUCCGCUCAGCUGUACCUGAACCUGUUUUGCGACCCUACACCCUACAUUCUUGUUUCAAGCACGAGCACAGCGUUUCAUCUGCCUAUUUGACACCAUAGCUUGCGCGCUCGCCAUCUACCAAAAUGGUCCCCCACGGACGCUCUCCCUCACCUAAUCCAUCCUGUAGACGACAACCUCUUCACUCAUGGGCACCUCCAAGAAGACAUGGCUGACCGCUCCUGCAGUUCAAGGAAUGCUGAACAAGCUACACGGCCAGCCCGAGAGCUAUGACAAAAAGACCAAGUAUCGCAUGGGCAGGACACUGGGUGCCGGCACCUAUGGUAUCGUCAAGGAAGCCGAUGGGCCAUCGGGAAAAGUCGCAGUCAAGAUUAUCCUCAAGAAAAACGUCAAGGGCAAUGACCAAAUGGUGUACGACGAGCUGGAGAUGCUGCAGACACUACGACAUCCCAACAUAGUGCGAUUCGUCGACUGGUUCGAGUCUCGCGACAAGUACUAUAUCAUCACAGAGCUUGCACAAGGUGGAGAGCUUUUCGACCGCAUUUGCGACAAGGGCAAAUUCACCGAGAAGGACGCCUCUGCAACGAUAAGACAAGUGCUGGGUGCAGUCCACUACUUGCACUCAAAAGAUGUCGUCCAUCGCGACCUAAAACCGGAGAACUUGCUCUACAUGACCCGCGCCCAGGAUUCAGACCUUGUCCUUGCGGAUUUCGGAAUUGCGAAGCAUCUUGACAGUCCAGAAGGUGUGCUCAAGACAAUGGCAGGCUCAUUCGGCUACGCCGCUCCAGAAGUCAUGAUGAAGAAAGGGCAUAGUAAGCCGGUCGACAUGUGGUCUCUCGGAGUCAUCACUUAUACACUACUCUGCGGUUACUCUCCUUUCCGUUCGGAAUCACUCCAGGACCUCAUUGACGAGACGAAGAAUGGACGCGUCGUGUUCCACGAGCGCUACUGGAAGGAUGUUUCGAAAGAGGCGAAGAACUUCAUCCUAUCAUUGCUGAAGCCCGACCCGCAUGCACGAGCAUCAAGUCAGCAGGCUCUGGAUGACCCAUGGAUUGCUGGCAAGGGUGCUACCGACCACAACUUGUUGCCCGAAAUCAAGGCCUACAUGGCAAAGGCGCGCCUGAAGAGAGGAGUGGAGCUUGUCAAACUUGCCAACCGCAUCGAAGCUCUCAAGAUGCAAGAAGACGAGGAAGACGACGUGCCACAAGAAGCAGAUGUCCCGGCUGACGCUAAGGCCGCUGCUGAGCAGGCUGUUGGUGGUAGCAAAUCCGCAGGCAGCUCGGAGAGGAAACGAGCUUGGUCCAGAGCGGCGAAGAGUGCGAUUUUCAGAGAAGUAAGUCAGCGGUCAUACUCUCCACGGAAGCACCACUGACGUUGCAUUGCAGGUUGUCCUUGCCAAGGUGCGCGAGAUGAAGGCCGAGGAGGAGAAGCAAAGAACCAUUUCCGCCGCAACGUCGUCCACAGAUAAGUCCCGAUGA